CGAGCUAGCCUACUCUUCUCGGCCCACUCCGUCGUGCCGGGCUUGCGAAGAUGUCCGCCGAGCCCGACGCCGGCUUCGUGAAAGAGGCUCCUCGCCAGAUCCUGGCCGGUGGUUCCGCUGGUCUUGUAGAAAUUUGCCUGAUGCACCCCCUCGAUGUGGUGAAAACCAGGUUCCAGAUUCAGAGAUGUGCAACUGAUCCAAACAGUUAUAAAAGCUUGGGAGACAGCUUUCGAACAAUUUUCCGAAUAGAAGGAUUGUUUGGUUUUUACAAGGGGAUUCUGCCACCAAUCUUGGCUGAAACACCAAAAAGAGCAGUGAAGUUUUUCACCUUUGAGCAGUACAAGAAAUUGCUAGGAUAUGUGUCACUGUCGCCAGCAUUGACGUUUGCCAUUGCUGGAUUAGGAUCUGGACUAACAGAAGCUAUCGUGGUUAACCCUUUUGAGGUAGUAAAAGUUGGCUUGCAAGCGAAUCGGAACAAAUUUACAGAGCAACCAUCCACGAUGAGUUAUGCAAGACACAUCAUUAAGAAGGAAGGCUUGGGACUCCAGGGCCUCAACAAAGGAUUUACAGCAACUUUGGGACGUCACGGGGUUUUCAACAUGGUUUAUUUUGGCUUCUACUACAAUGUCAAAAACACUAUUCCUGUCAAUAAGGAUCCAACCUUGGAGUUUUUGAGAAAAUUUGGGAUUGGUCUUCUCUCGGGCACAAUAGCCUCAGUCAUUAACAUCCCUUUUGAUGUUGCCAAAAGUAGGAUUCAAGGGCCUCAACCAGUUCCUGGAGAGAUCAAGUACAGAACCUGUUUUAAAACAAUGGCAACAGUCUACCAGGAAGAAGGGAUUUCAGCUUUGUACAAAGGCCUGCUUCCCAAGAUUAUGAGGCUUGGACCAGGUGGCGCAGUGAUGCUGCUGGUUUAUGAAUACACCUAUACAUGGCUUCAGGAGAACUGACUGGGAACUCCAGAUGUCAAUAGGAGUUUUAUAAGAUCAAAGGAAGACUAUGGCCCUGAGAGUUCAUCUGCUCCUUCUGCUUAUUCUUCUCCUGAAGUUAUAAUCCUCUGUUUGUAGCAAUGAAUUUUGGUUGCUUUAGAAAUAAAUGCAGUUCAAAGCUCUCUCUAUAAGAUAUCUGUUGCUUGAAACAAGCAAUUCCUCGAAUAUAACUUAUGUGUCAGAAAUCUGCUUACUGUUUAUAUGCUAGUGAUCUGAAAGCCUCGCUCAUCUAGCCAUCUGAGUUUUAAGUGAAGCCAUGAAACCGAUGUGACGGAACCGGAUUGCCGUGUAGACUGUGCACAGCACAGACAGGAAGAAAGCAGGAUCACCUCACGAAUGCAUCUUUAACAUCCACAUCUAGUGAUGUGCCCUUUUAGUUAUUGCACAGAAUUAAUACCAAAAAAAAAACCCCCACAAUAUAUUAAUUUUCCAAUAGAUGAAUUGUACCAAUGUUUUUAAAAUGUAGUUUCAAGCCUACAUAUUGCCAAGCAGGAAGAACUUUCUAAACAGAAGAGAAAAACUGUAGAAUUU